CCCUCCUACUGCGCCGUAGUUUGGAGUCCGGAAGCAUCAUGGCCAUCGGAAAGCUAAAAAGUCUGUGCUACAAACAAAUUGGAAUGCAUAAAGAUUACCAUUCUUAGUCUUGGAGGAUUGAGGCCUGAGCCUCUAUCUGCAUUUCUACUCAACAAUGUCAAGCCAAGAGGAAUCGGACAAGGGUGUGGACUUGUGGUCCUCACUUCGCUGUCUGGGUUAUCUGUCUAGCUUCAACCUUCUGGUCGCUGUGUGCUUGGGAAUGUAUGUACGAUGGGAGCAAACUGCAGCGCCUAUGAUACUGGUCAUCUUCAUCCUGGGUUUAUUCAUUUCGGCCAUUGCGUGCAUCCUCUACUACUACUUCUCAAUGGAGUCGGCCAGUUUGAGUCUCUUACACUUGUGGUUCGGCUUCCUCCAAGGUCUUCUGUGCUUACUAAACGGCCCAUCUUUGGAGAAGGACAUAAAGGAGCAAGUCACAAACUACCUAUUGCUUGCUAGCCUGGCCGUUCGGACGCUCUGGGCUCUGACUGAACGUCUAUGCGGCAACGCCAAGUAUAAACCGGUUGUCCUCACCUCAUCUGAGCUUCUGGAGCUCCUGGGCUUCGGCGUUGCGAGCAUCAGCUUGGUUCUUCACAAAUCCAUGGCCAUGAUUGCCCUGGUGUUCGCCCUUGCAGCCAUCAUCGUGGACCUUCGAAUGAAGUCACCAUUGGCGCUCCCAAAUCUCACCUGCUUUGCUGUGAUCGCCGCUGUCACCUUCUUCCAGUCCCUGGAGAUCCAGACCAACCCCUUUUCCCUGAGCUGCUUCCUUGGUCGUCUUAUCUGCGAGCCCCUUCUAGAUGUCUACUUUAGUGGCCUGUCGGCAACAGAACGCUGGAAGCAGUUUCUCUCGGCUGGACGCCUGUGGAGAGUUUCUUUAUUCCUGUUGAGUUUCGUCCAGGUGGCAUUCUUUGUACUGUGUGCAAUGAAGCUGGGUGACCUGAACGUCUGGUACCUGGUCAUCCCUGGCUUCUGUGUCUUUGGCCUGUUCUGGAUCUUGUGCCAUGUGGUGUUCCUGGUGACACUUUGGGGCUUCCACACCAAGUUAGGAGAGUGUCAGAAGACAUGGGCAGCCCAGCACUCAGAAAUGCUCAGUUUGGACCGAAUCAUGGCAUCUAGAGGCAUGCGUCAUUUUUGCCUCAUCUCUGAACGGCUGGUACUCUUCUGCCUGAUGUCCACCGUCAUACUGGGGGCUGUUUCAUGGCAGGUCACUAAUGGACUCUUCAUGAGUCUGUUUUUAGUGGUGCUGCCACUGGAGUCUCUGGCCCAUGGACUCUUCCAUGAAUUGGGCAACUGCUUGGGAGGCACCUGUGUAGGGUAUGCGGUGGUAAUUCCCACCUGUUACAGCAGUGCGGAUGGCCAGCCAGUGUUGCUGCCUCCGGGGCAAGCCCAUGAUCUGCAUUCCACGGCCACCCUGAAUGCAGUGCAGCGACUCUUCUCCCACUACCUGAUCCAAACCUUCGGAUGUGACUACUCCACUAACCUGAGCCUGGACACCCUACAGACCAAACUGCGCUCCUUUCUGGAGCUUUGUACAGCUGAAGGCCCACGGCAUGACACCUACAUCCUCUACUACAGUGGACAUACGCUUCUCAAUGGCGACUGGGUCCUGGCAGGCGGUGAAUGCUUGCGUCUUCAGCAGAUUCUCGACAUGUGGCGGGAACGCAACGCCGGCUUCUCCUCGCGCCUCAUCCUGGUCCUCGACAUUGAGAAUUCAGUGCCAUGGGUGAAGGCAGUGCGGAAGGUGGAAAGGAUGUAUGUGGCCGUUCAGGGAGCCAAGGUGAGCCCUGCCCGGGACACGGAGAGCCAGGAGGCCCCACGUCUGGGAGACUUUACCACCGAGUGGGUGGAAUACAACUGCAAUCCUGACAGCGAAGUGCAGUGGUCCGAAAAAGGUCGGGUAGCCACUGCAAUAUAUGGCGUAUCCAAACCUUGGAGCGACUACGCCCUCCACCUGCCCACCGGGAGCGAUGUUGCCAAGCAUUGGAAAACACACUUCCCCCAGGCUACUUACCCACUGGUGGCUGUGGCCAACUGGUGCUGUGGGCUCAACCUGCUGUGGCUGUGUAGCGUGUGUUUCCGUUGUGUUCGGAGACUGAAACUCUCUUGGUUUCCUCCUAAUGUACUAGACACCGGACAGGGAAUUAAACUAGUACGAUCAUAGUCGGCCAAUUGCUUUAUUUUUACAUGAUGUACUAUAUAUUGCCUUAUAUCUUUUCUAUGCCAUUUUCUUGGGAUAUCCAUUAUUGGUUUAAGUGCUUUUGGUACAUAUGGACAGUAAAAUGUCAUACAUGUGAUACAAUUUUCUCUUCUGUUAAACUUGGUGCCAUGUAAUCACAAUAUAGACUCUGUCUUGAGUAAAUUGCUCAGGAUUGAGACUGUAAGUGCCUUGGGUUGCCUUUAAAAGAAAGCUGUUAAUUAAUUGCGUUUUAAGUGCUUUUGUUUUGGGUUUGGUACAUUUGUGUUGAUGUAUUAAGCCGUUUGCAAAGUCGACAGUUAAAUCUAUUUGAACCCAUAGACAGUUUUGACAAAGGGGAGAUCAGCUUCGGUUGAACCUUGUUCCUCCCCUAAAAAGCCACAAGGGUGUUUACAUGAGCCAAUACAUGUAUACAAGCAUUUUUGUAAACUACCAUAUACCUUAACAGAUGUUGUCUUUUUUUUUUUUUUCACCUUUAGAAAUGCUUCAUCAACAGAACAGUCAAUCUUUAAUAAAGAAUGUAUUUAAAAUAAGUGACUUUUAGUUGCUACAGGUAUGUAGGUGUUGCACAAUGUGUUGAUACUGAAUAUCUGCUCUGUAUAAUAAUGCUUGAGGUUGUGACAGCACUGACAAAGUUUUAGUAAUAAUUCAGUAAAUAAUUAUUAGAAACUGAAACCAUUUCAGUGCUGGUAACAGCAAUAAGCAAUGCUAAAUCCAACAAUUAUUGGUCACAGCAUUAAAAACGUUAUACAGUGCCAUUCAAAUGCUUCUAUUUUUCUUUGUUCUUAUUUUUUUCCCAUUACAAAUUAUGAAAAGAAAAAAAAAAAUCUGCAUAAUUUGAGUGAGGUUUCCUUGAAAAAUAAAGACAUUUUAGGAUUUAUUAGUAUUUUCUUUGAUUUUGAAAAUAUACAAAAUUUUAAGCUAAAUAGUUUCUUUUUUUAAUUUUUUCAUAAUUUUCCAAUUUAUAUAAAAAUUUUAAUUACAAAUUAUAGUGUUAAUAAUUUGAGUGAAAAUUUGAAUUGGAAAAUGAACAUGACUCUCAGAAUUGAGUAGUAUUUGGUAUGUCUCUCUUUAGCUUUAAUGGUAAUAUGCACUCAAGCUUACGUGGACCACCAAAAUUUGUGCAAAACCUGAUGAUCCAUGUUAUCCAAUGUGAUUUGAGAAGAACAGCUUGUGUGCUUCAGUGGAAGUAAGGAAAUCUGACCUUUUCUACAAAGGAGGUAACAUGAGGACUAAAUGCAAAAUCUUAAAUGUAUUUUUUCUUUUCAUAACUUUGUUUGAAAUGUUUCAAAACACAAAGUCGUUUUCACGUUUAAAUUCGAUUUUAAAUCACAGAUUUUCAAUGUGGACUUUUGAAUGGCAUUAUACCUAUCUGUUAUGUGAUAACAGGGCAGUUGAUCUCAUGGAAAUGGCAAUUCUGUCAGUGUGUUCAUUCUUGUCCUUUAGAGAAUGUGACCCCCAGUCUCACCGCAGUUGCACACGUCUCCCAGGCAACAUUUUAGAGUCGCUUUCAUGCAUUUUAUUAGCACUUAUUUGCAGGUGGGACAACUACGGCUAGCUCUUUUUUAGGGUCCGCUUGAAAAAAAAAACUGCUAGUCUCUUAAAGGUAUGGAGAACAUUUAUGUCAGUUUUUAUUACCUCAUCUCAAGAUACCAGUUCUCGAAACUGACAUAAAGAUGGUGUUUUCUCUGUCAUGGCAGAGGGCAUCUAUGUAAAACCGGAAUUUUCUUUUUUUUUUGCCCGAGACGGAGCACUUGUAUUAAAAUGAAUCAAACAAAAUGGAAGCCCAAUAUGGCAGAUUAGGAAAAGGAAGUCCCUCCUUAAAGGUAAAAGAGCCAAUGACCUUUUAGAUACAAACAUAACCUGUCAGUCAACUCGAGAAUGUGCAUGCGCAUUAGUUGGACCAGCCUGAAAAAUUGCACAUUUAAAUUUUUUAUUUCAUCACAAUCAGAGCUAAAGAAGCACAAUUUAUGAAGCCAGUGUUGUCAGAUUUUACUGCUGAUUUGAAAUAUGUUAUUUGAUCACAAGGCCGUAACCAUGUCUUGAACAUUGAGGGGACCAAACCAUUUUGGGGGUGGGGGUUCAUGGGUGUUGAGGUCAUAAAUAUAAUGCUCCUCUUUGGUCCUUUAAUAUAGUAAAGGCGCUGAAUGCAGUCAUUUUCUGAAUAAAGGCCUGAAAUGCGAUAAAGGCCCAAAAUUGUAUAAUUUUUGGUUAUAAAAGAUACAUGUAUUUUUAAAGUUCACAUAGUACAAGAGAAACACUGUGUCUGCAUUGCUAGCAAUUUGCCUGUUUCAGUCAUCUUUUCUUCCUUUUUUGUGCUAUAUCAAAGAUUAGAUGAAUAUAACUUGAAUUUCUUUUCAUCACUGAUGUAUCUGUAAAAUGACAUGACAUCAGCUAGCUAGCAAAAAGAAAAUACAC